ACCCAGUCUGCACCAGUUCCUCUGGAUUAUAAGCCUGGAUUUCGAAAGCGACUGGGUCUCUUGGAGAAGAAGAAAGAUUACAAGCUACGUGCACAGGAUUAUCACCGCAAGCAGAACACUCUAAAGGCAUUACGACAGAAGGCAUUAGACAAAAAUCCAGAUGAAUUUUACUUUCGAAUGACCAGCACCAAACUUGAGGAUGGAGUUCAUGUCAUCAAGCAGCCGAGAGAGGAAGUAACAGAGGAACAGCUGAAGAUCAUGCGAACACAAGACCUUAAAUAUGUGGAAAUGAAACGGGUUGCAGAGUCAAAGAAAAUUGAACGACUCAAGUCUGAACUCCAUCUUUUAGAAGCUAACGGCAAACCAAGUAAUAAGCACAUUUUCUUCUGCGACUCUAAAAAGGAAGUUAAACAAUUUGACUUGGCAAAACGCCUCAAUACUGUACCAGAGCUUGUAGACCGGGUAUACAAUCGACCAACGAUCGAAACUUUACAGAAGGAAAAAAUUAAAGGAGCCACACGUCUCCGGGAUCUCAAGAAACUUGCUCAACAGAGAAAGAACCAAUAUAAUCUGCUGCAACAGCACAUUGGGAGAGAGAAGCAACUGUUUGUAGUGGCCCAAAAAAUACAGACCAGAAAAGACCUCAUGGACAAGACCAGGAAAGUGAAGGUGAAGAAGGAAACUGUAAACUCUCCAGCCAUUUACAAAUUCCAAUUUAAGAGAAAACGCUGACAUUUCUCCAAUGGGCAGUUAAAAUAUUAACCGUUGAGCUACCCUUUUCAUGCAGAUUUUCUGAGAGGAUUGGUUGCAAACUCUUAUGUUUUUUGUAACAUUUAAGAUUUUAUUGUCCCAGUUGCAUUAAAUAAAUGUGAAGAGAGCGGUUUAGUUUGAGUGAUGUGCUUUUUGUUAGUGCUCUUAAUCGGUCACUGGAAAGUAAGAGUCAGAAUUUACAUUGUGUUCAGAUUCAGUUUAGAAGAAUGGUGUCAAUCUUCGAAUAAAGAAACAACGUGACAUUAA